AUGGAGGUUUCCAGCCCCCGUCGACCUCACUACCAACUCGGCGCCCUCUCCGGCUUCAUCCCCCUCAAUGAAGAGCCCAGCGCCAUGUCGACGCGUGGACAGCGCCUCCCGAGCCUGAUCCAGAACCGUUCCACCACGUCCCUACUCACCCUACAGCGCCGAUCGACCACCCGGAGGGGCUCAUUCGCAAGCCACCGGUCCGACGAAGAUGAAGAGCACGGUUUUCACGAAAGCUUCGACGCACCAGCCGCAGGUCGGUGGCGGCCCAGCACGCCCUCGGAGACAGACCCGCGGCGCAUGAGCAUGGGACCCGAGCUCCUCAUGACGCCGCAGAUCCGCAGCAUGCGGCUGAUCGGGCAGAGCAACCCCCGGUACCACUGGCACCAGUACUUCAAGACCGAGGAGGAGCUGAAGAAGAUGAGGAAGCCCAUCCGCAAAUACUACGAGCGGAACAACUUUUUGAUCACACAAUACAUAUACAUCGACAAGUUGCUGGACUCGUCGCUGCCGCAUAAUCUCAUCCAAGAGUACGGUCACCCGCGGUCAAGCGAAACGAUGAAUACCAUUUGUGAGGAACCGCCUUCGGGCAACGUGACCCCCGUGACGGGACCGAAUGCCACCAGCUCGCCCAUCGAGACCAAGUUGAAGCGGACGCCGAAAAACUUGUACAAACUUCCCAGUGAAGAGACAGCUCUGUUGGGAGACGGCGUGGACGCGCACUAUGAUGCAACUCUCCCGGACAUCAGUUUUGACGACAUGGACGAGGGCGUAGACUCGAACGAGCCGAUCGUGACGCUGGCAAUCUACAUCAACCUCGCCGCCAACAUCAUCUUGCUGGCGGGAAAAAUCGUGGUGACUGUCCUGACCUCGUCGCUUUCGGUGCUCGCGUCACUGGUCGACGCGGCGUUGGACUUUCUGUCGACCGCCAUCGUCUGGACGACCACCAAACUCAUCUCGAGACAGGAUCAAUACGCUUAUCCCAUUGGCCGACGACGAUUGGAGCCGGUGGGCGUUCUCGUGUUUAGUGUCAUCAUGAUUACUUCGUUCUUCCAAGUGGCCUUGGAAUGUUUCAACCGGCUGAUUUCGGGAGACCACACCGUCGUGGAGCUGGGUAUUCCUGCGAUUGCCAUCAUGCUGAGCACCGUCGCCAUCAAAGGUUUUUGUUGGUUUUGGUGUCGAUUGGUGAAAAACAGUUCUGUGCAAGCCCUGGCUCAAGAUGCGGCCACGGACGUCGUCUUCAACGUCUUCUCCAUCAUUUUCCCCCUUGUGGGCUUUUACUGCGAGAUCUGGUGGCUUGACGCUUUGGGUGGUUUGUUCUUGUCCUUUUACGUCAUCUUCAACUGGACGAGAACCAGCGUCGAGCAUGUUCGAAACCUGUGCGGUGUUUCCGCCACCGCGGACCAGCGCAAUGUACUGUUGUAUCUCGCGAUGCGCUUUGCCAAACCGAUCCGCUACAUUCAGGGAUUGCAAGCAUACCACACGGGCGACAAGCUCAAUGUGGAGGUCGACAUUGUCCUCGAUGAGAACAUGAGUUUGAGAGACAGCCAUGACCUGAGCGAGAGUCUGCAGUAUGUACUCGAGAGCGUGCCGGCGGUGGAUCGCGCGUUUGUGCACGCCGACUACGCAGACUGGAACUUGCCCAGUCAUAUGAAUCAGCAGGGUUGA